AUAAAUACGAUAUUAGCAUAAAUCGUUCUGAACAGUCAGAAAUGAAGCCGCGAACAGGACGGAUCGUCAAGAGCAGUUCCCUGAGCUUGCUAUAUGCAUUUCUGCCCCUGAUGAUAGAUGCACAGUAUGCAUCACAGUAUGGCAAUGCUUAUGCAAUUCCCACAACCAACUACGCCCAACCGUAUUCCUCUCCAGAAGUGCAAUCGAUUUGGUCGGGUUCGCCAAUUAUAGUGAAUGAUAAUCAGUUUGGUGCCCAGGAACAGCAGCAAUAUCCAAAAUAUAAUGCUUAUGAUGGAAGAGAACCCUAUAGGCGUUCCUAUCCAAAUUGGAGGAGACAGGAGCUUCCAGCAACGCGUGCUCCCAAUCAUAAUUACAAUAAUGUACCGGGAUAUUUCUACUACCAACAGCAGGAAACUACUCCCUCACCGCCCCUCCAAUAUCCCCAAUAUAUUCCUUAUCCCCAAUCCAAUUCCGAACUGGAUUCCAGCGAUUCUCGUCGAGAUGAGGAGCAAGUGGUCCAAAUAGGAGGCAGUCGCUCUCUGGCCGCAAAUAACUACCAAAAUAAUUACCAAACUAUCUACAGCAAUAACGAGAACUUCUAUGAACCCGCUCAACCCUGGAGGCGUCGCGACUUUCAGGCCAAAUAUGCCCAGCAUUACGCCGAUUAUUUGCGUAAAUAUCCAAGACGCCUGCAGCCAGUUUACAGCACCGGCGAAGAUUUCGAUAAGAAGUAAGGAAAUACUCUAUGCAUUUUAGUCUGUACAAAAGCCAAAUUGAAUAAAUCCCCUCAAGAGCCAUUAGGCUUAUGGUUGAAAGCGUGCCAAGAAAACAAUUUUGUUUGUAUUCUGGAUGGACAGAUCCAUUGCAACCGAUAAAGAUAAAAAUGCAGCUGCUUACAGUCAACGUAUAAAUACAGUAAAUAUUUGUUAAAAAUAGUGUUGAUGAG